AUGAUUAAAUUUGCUGAGGAUCAACUCAAACAAUAUUCUGAAAAGCAUCCAAAUCCGGAGAAUCUCACCACUGCCUAUGGUGUACCACUUCACACUAAAACAGCCUCAUUGACUGCUGGACGACGUGGUCCCAUGCUGAUGCAAGAUGUCGUCUACAUGGAUGAAAUGGCUCAUUUCGAUCGCGAACGAAUUCCCGAACGAGUUGUUCAUGCUAAGGGAGCAGGUGCUCAUGGAUACUUCGAAGUCACCCAUGACAUCACCAAAUACACCAGAGCGUGUGUAUUCAGCGAGAUAGGCAAAAAGACACCAAUGCUUGCAAGAUUCUCAACAGUUGGCGGAGAAAGUGGUUCGCCAGACACGGCGAGAGAUCCAAGAGGAUUUGCGUUGAAGUUUUAUACAGAAGAAGGAAAUUGGGAUCUUGUCGGCAACAAUACUCCGAUAUUCUUUAUUCGAGAUGCUAUCCACUUCCCGAAUUUCAUUCACACUCAAAAAAGGAAUCCACGAACUCAUUUGAAAGACCCAAAUGCCGCUUUUGAUUUUUGGGCAAAUCGUCCGGAAUCGAUUCAUCAAGUGAUGUUCUUAUACUCGGAUCGCGGAACUCCUGACGGAUAUCGCCAUAUGAAUGGCUAUGGAUCGCACACGUUCAAAAUGAUAAAUAGCGAAGGACAACAAGUGUACUGCAAAUUCCAUUUCAAACCAGUGCAGGGAGUCAAGAAUUUGACAGCAGCUGAAGCAGGACGACUUGCUGGAGAGGACCCUGAUUAUGCUACACGUGAUUUGUAUGAAGCCAUUGAAAAUGGAAACUAUCCAGUUUGGACAAUGUACAUCCAAGUGAUGACCUUCGAGCAAGCCGAAAAAUGGGAAUUUAAUCCAUUCGAUGUGACGAAAGUGUGGCCACAUUCCGACUAUCCUUUGAUUGAAGUUGGAAAAAUGGUCUUGGAUAAGAAUCCUUCAAAUUAUUUUGCCGAGAUUGAGCAGGCUGCGUUCAGCCCAUCACGUGUAAUUCCAGGAAUUAGUUUCUCGCCAGACAAAAUGCUGCAAGGCCGCAUUUUCUCGUACCCUGAUACCCAAUUCCAUCGACUUGGCCCGAAUUUCCUUCAGCUUCCGAUCAAUUGCCCGUAUCGAUCUCGACCUCACAAUACCCAACGAGACGGACUAAUGUGUGUGAAUAGUCAAUUGGAUGCUCCAAACUACUUCCCAAACCGAUACAAUGCGUAUAAGACAGCUGAAAAAGCAUAUGAGCCGCCGUUUAGUGUUAUGGGCGAUGUUGAAAGAUUCGAGACUGGAGAUGAUCACAAUUAUGAGCAACCAAGAGAGUUUUGGGAAAAAGUAUUGAAUGAAGAUCAACGUGAUCGUCUCUGCGAAAAUAUCGCGGCUGCCUUGAAACCGUGCUAUGAUGAAGUACGUCAAGCAAUGAUCAAGGUUCUUCAAAAUGUGCAUCCCAACUUCGCAAAUCAUGUACGCCACCUCACUUGCGAUACGGUCAAAGAUAGUGCUUCACUUGCAAAAGAUAAAAGAACAAAUGAUAACGGUAGAGCAUGUGCGAUUAAUUUCGCCAUGGGCCACGACGAUCCAGCUGACAAUCAACUAAAAAACUACAAAGGCGCCAAUCCGCGUGCGAAUGUCAUUACAACAUCGAAUGGAGCUCCGAUUUACACGAAGACCGCGGUAUUGACCGCUGGACGACGUGGUCCCAUGCUGAUGCAAGAUGUCGUCUACAUGGAUGAAAUGGCUCAUUUCGAUCGCGAACGAAUUCCCGAACGAGUUGUUCAUGCUAAGGGAGCAGGUGCUCAUGGAUACUUCGAGGUCACCCAUGACAUCACCAAAUACACCAAGGCGAAUAUUUUCUCGAAAAUUGGCAAACAGACUCCGUUGUUUGUCCGCUUCUCGACCGUUGGUGGCGAGAGCGGAUCUGCGGACACCGCUCGGGAUCCUAGAGGAUUCGCGAUUAAAUUCUACACCGAGGAAGGAAAUUGGGACCUGGUCGGCAACAACACUCCGAUAUUCUUUAUCCGGGAUCCGAUCCAUUUCCCGAACUUCAUUCACACUCAAAAACGAAAUCCUCAAACUCAUUUAAAGGAUGUCAAUGCCAUGUUCGAUUUUUGGCUUCAUCGCCCAGAAGCCCUGCAUCAAGUGAUGUUCCUGUUCUCGGAUCGCGGCACUCCAGAUGGAUACCGUCAUAUGAAUGGCUAUGGAUCGCACACGUUCAAGCUGGUCAACAAGGAUGGACACGCGGUUUAUUGCAAAUUCCAUUUCAAGCCUGUGCAAGGAGUCAAGAACCUCAAAGUAGAAGAUGCGAAUAGAUUAGCUGCCGAAGACCCAGAUUACUCGAUCCGAGAUCUUUUCAAUGCCAUCGAACGCGGUGAUUAUCCGGUUUGGAAACUGUUCAUCCAAGUGAUGACCUUCGAGCAAGCCGAAAAAUGGGAAUUUAAUCCGUUCGAUGUGACGAAAGUGUGGCCACAUUCCGACUAUCCUUUGAUUGAAGUUGGAAAAAUGGUUUUAAACAGAAAUCCGCAAAAUUAUUUCGCCGAGGUUGAACAAUCAGCGUUCUGCCCAGCUCAUUUGGUUCCUGGAAUCGAAUUCUCGCCAGAUAAAAUGCUCCAAGGACGAAUUUUCUCUUACACCGACACCCAUUUCCAUCGUCUCGGACCUAACUACAUUCAGUUGCCAGUCAAUUGCCCGUACAGAUCCCGCGCUCAUAACACUCAAAGAGAUGGGUUGAUGGCUUACAACAAUCAAGGCAAUGCUCCGAACUACUUCCCCAACAGCUUCAAUGGGCAUGUGACUCGCAAAGAUGUUAAGGAUUCGGUGUUCUCAUUGAGUGGUGAUGUCGAUCGUUUCGAGACCGGAGAAGAUCACAAUUACGAGCAACCCCGACAAUUUUGGGAGAAAGUUCUCGAUGAAGGAGCUCGCGAAAGAAUGUGCAAGAAUUUUGCUGAUUCCCUGAAGAACUGUCACCAAUUCAUCAUCGAUGGUAUUCUGGAGCAUUUCACGAAAAUCCAUCCAGACUUUGGCAAGCGCGUCAGAACUAUUAUUCGCGAGCAAACUCGUGCUCAUCUUUAA